GGGGCUGUGCCAGCUCCAAAGCUUUCCCUGAGUAAGCAGGUCUGUGAACCUGAACUGCAUUUGCCCUGCGAGCAGCAAGGUGACAGCAGCAGCCACAGCUCAGCGCCGAGCUCAGGGCGUCCUGGCUGACAUGAAGGGACCUGUCCCCAUCCAGGACACCAUGGCAAGUGACACGGAGCCCUCCAACACCAUCAAACUGCUGCACCUGCUUUUCCUCUCCACCUCCUGGGGAAUGCAGCUCUGGGUGACCUUCGUGGCCGGGUUUGUGAUGAGCAGGCACCUCCCUCGCCACACCUUUGGCUCCAUUCAGCGUGAGCUCUUCCCCUACUACUUCCACAUCGGCUGCACCUGUGCCUUCCUCAACCUGACGCUGUUUGCCAUGUCCCACCGCAGCGAGCGGCUCGGCGAGGAGCACACGAGCCAGAUCAUCAUCUUCUUCGUCUGCAUCAUCGCUUCGGUGCUGAACGCGCAGUGCUUCGGGCCGGCCACCUCCGCCAGCGCGGCCGAGCUGCAGCGGGUGGAGCGCGGCCACGGGCUGGGGCAGGAGCUGGGGCAGGAGCUGGGGCAGGAGCUGGGGCCGGCGGCCAGCGAGCCCCGCAGGCAGCUCCGAGCCUCCAACCCCGGCUACAGACAGCUGGCCCGGCGCUUCGCCCUCUGCCACGCUCUGUCCUCGCUGUGCAACCUCCUCUGCCUGGCGUGCAACGCGCUGAGCCUGUGGCACCUGGCGGCACAGCUCCCUGCCCUCUGAGCAGGACCCUGCCAGGUGCUGGCUGGCCAGAGCCCACCCCCGGCUGCCUUGCUGUAAGGCAACCCCGAGCUCUGGCCAUCCAACUGCACCAUCCUCAGGUGGAGAUGCUCUUGAUGUGUUUGUGUGGAAAUUUAGGAAUAGUGAGACGGAAAUUUUCUCUAGAGCUGCCUGCAGCCAGCCUCCAUGAUCGAAGCAGGAGUGUUUUAUGGCUGAACAGCCUUCUAACACCCUGUACAUUAGCUGUGUCUAAAGCUGCAGUGUGUUCCUGCAGUCACAGGGACACUGCAGAAGAGAAAGAAAUGAGAGAUUGAGAAUUACUUCUAAUUAAAAGCCAAACGCAAAUAUAGAA